UUGUCGAGCGUUGCCUAUCCGACGUUCGAUUUCCCAAAGAUGCCAGCGGCAGGUUGUUGUUCUUGCUGUUGUCUAGAUGCAAUGAAAAACUUCUUCCCUGGAAUAUUUAUCCAAGAUCUGGAACGCAGCAUUGAAAAUACCUCAAGUAACACUGCGGAGAAUGAAUUCAUUAAAGGACUUCCCAAAGACGACUCUUGGGACUACGAACUCAAGCAGCCUUAG